AUGGCCUCUGGCCAACCCUUCGCGUCGCGCUCUUACGCCGGCACGAAACUCCCAGAACGCUCGGUAAACACAAACGCAAUGCCCUUCAGCGCCUCAUCAUUCUCACGGCAUCGCGGUCUGGGAAACGCCAACCAAGCCGACUUCAACGGGCCCGAUGCCCAAAAGCAGAUGCAACAGUCUGCGCCCGCGCCCGCAACAAACGCGCAGUCCCAUGGUCCAGCGCAGGACGCCAAUCCGUUGAACAGACUCACGGAAGAGCAGAGGGAAGAGAUUAACGAAGCUUUCACCCUCUUCGACCUAGACCGCGACCGCCACCUAGACUACCACGAACUCCGCGUGGCCUUCCGCGCGCUAGGCUUCACCCUAGGCAAACAAGAACUAAUCACCCUCCUAACAACCUACGGCGUUCCCCGUCCCCAAGUGCAACAACAACAAGCCGGCAACCAACACGGUCCCGGUCAACCGCUGACCUCAAACAAAGGCCCCGUGUCGAACCCGCAACACCCUUCCAACCUGCUCAUGCCGCUUUCGUCAUUCCAGGCUGUCACGGCGCUGAAGAUUCUCGAGCGGGACCCGCGCGACGAGAUCCUGCGUGCGUUUGAGCUGUUCGAUGAGGGUGCUAAGGGGUUUAUUGAUCUUGAGGAUUUGAGGCGUGUUGCGAGGGAGUUGGGAGAGACUGGGCUUGAGGAGGAGGAACUUAGGGCUAUGAUUGAGGAGUUUGAUCUUGAGGGUGUUGGUGGUGUUACCAGGGAGGCUUUUGUUGGGAUUUGUUGGCAAUGA